UUCAAAUCAUGUUUGCUGUUUUCCAAAUUUUAGUGAAUGAGCUGCACCAACUUUUUCAGUUUAAUCAGUUCAUUAUUUAUCUGAUAUAUCUUCUGGUCAUCGUAUGAAUUACGGUUGUUAAUUCGUUUGAAUUUUCGAGUAAGUUUUAGGAAUAUUUUGCAAACUCAUAUUGUUGCGCACGCAUGUAGAAACUUUCUUUUUUCUGUGAUCAGAUUUGUUAUGAGAAGUAGUGUCGAGAACUUUCUUUGUAAAAUUUGAUAAUCUGUUCCUUAAAUACAAGCAUACUGAUCAGCUUUUUGUUAUCAAGAGUUUUACCAAGUUUUAUUCAUAUUUAUUUCUACUCGAAAAAUUUAUUAAGAUAAAUUAUGGUUAAGGAGACUACUUAUUAUGACAUUCUUAAUGUCAAGCCGGCUUGCACGAUUGAUGAACUGAAGAAAUCUUACCGUAAACUUGCAUUAAAAUAUCAUCCUGACAAAAAUCCAUCAGAAGGUGAAAAGUUUAAACAAAUAUCUCAAGCAUAUGAAGUGCUGUCGAAUCCUGAAAAGAGAAAAAUUUAUGAUCAAGGGGGAGAACAAGCUAUCAAAGAGGGUGGUAUUGGAGGAGGAGGCAUGUCAUCUCCCAUGGAUAUCUUCGACAUGUUCUUUGGUGGUGGUACUCGCAAGCGUGAAAACAAAAGUGCAAAUGUGGUGCAUCAACUUGGAGUGACUUUAGAGGAAUUGUAUAAUGGUGCAGUUAGGAAACUUGCAGUGCAGAAAAAUGUGAUUUGUGAUAAAUGUGAAGGACGUGGUGGCAAAAAAGGUGCACUUGAGAAGUGCACUAAGUGUAAUGGUACUGGAAUGCAAACACAUGUUCAACAGUUGGGGCCUGCUAUGGUUCAAAGAAUUCAAACUGUCUGCUCUAGCUGCCAAGGUCAAGGAGAAUAUAUAAACCCUAAAGAUCGGUGCAAGAACUGUCAUGGAAAAAAAGUGGUGCGAGAAAGAAAACUUAUUGAAGCUCACAUUGACAAAGGUAUGGAAGACGGUCAUAAAAUUACUUUUGCUGGUGAAGGAGAUCAAGAGCCUGGGAUGGAACCAGGCGAUAUAAUUAUAAUAAUUGAUGAAAAAGAACAUGAAGUGUUCAAGAGAAAUGGAUCUGAUCUUAUUAUAAAAAUGGAGCUCUCUUUGACAGAGGCUUUAUGUGGCUUCCAACGAACAAUUAAGACUUUAGAUAACAGGUUAUUGGUCAUUUCUUGCAUCCCUGGUGAAGUAGUCAAACAUCAAAGUCUGAAAUGUGUAUUGAAUGAAGGCAUGCCUCAGUACAAAAAUCCUUUUGAAAAGGGCAAAUUGGUUGUACACUUUCUUGUCAACUUCCCGUCUAAUAUUGAUGAAACAGCGUGUGCACAGCUGGAAAAUAUUUUACCUCCUAGACCAGAAUUCAUCAUUCCAGAUGAAGCUGAAGAGGUACCAUUGUGUGAUAUUGCUCCAGAGUUUUCCAGACAACAAAGAUACCGACAAGCAUAUGAAGAGGAUGAUGACCAUGGUGGACCCCGUGGAGUUCAAUGUCAAACUCAUUAGAACUUAAAUAACAUGUUUCCAUGGUACAUAAUUUACAUAUAUGUAUUUAUACACAAUGUAUUUAUUGUUCCCUGUUCUGUUGACUGUAAUCAUUUCAGUUUUAUGUAGAUUCGUGUAUUCCAUUGGGUAUCUAAAUUAUGUUAUUUGUUUUCUUGUUUGCGCAAUAAAUCGACUGUGUUUAUGUC